AUGGGUGAGUUAUUAUCAAUAAAGAAUUUAUUUAUUAGCUCUCACGAAAAAAGUGUAGAAGAAUUAAAAAUUGCUAUUGAAGGCUUAAUUGGAAAAGCUGAAAUAGAAAACAGAAGAAAUAAAAAUGAAAGAAAAUAUGAUAUGAUAAAAGAUUACUUGGAUGCAAAUAAAAAUAAUAUUUUACAUUUUGCAGUUUAUGGAAAUAAUUUUAAUAAUGUUAAAUUUAUUGUUGAAAAUACCAACUUAAUAAAUAGUUUUAAUAAUGACGAAAGAAAUAGCUUAAUUAUAAGUAUAUUAAAUAAAAACACUGAAAUUAGUAAGUAUUUAAUUGAUAAUAAUAUUGAUUAUAAUAAAACGGACAAAUAUAAAUCUAACGCUUUAUUAUAUAGUCUUAUUACACAAAAUUAUGACAUUUUCAAUAUAUUAAUAGAAAAAGAAAAUAUUGAUAUAAAUAUUAAUAGUUUUGAUAAAGGAAAUUUAAUUAGUAUAUGCAUUUUUGAAAGAAAUAUAAAAAUAUUAAAAAAGUUAUUUAAUAAAAAUAUUUCUCCAGAUUUUGAAAAAAAUAUAUAUCCGCAUCCACUUAUUUUUAUUACUUACAGUAAUGAUAAUGAUUUAUUAUACUUAUAUUUAACUUAUUCUUUAUAUUAUUAUACGAAAAAUGAAGAGUUAUAUAAAAUAAAUAAAACAAAUUUUGAUGAUAAAACCAAUGAAAUAAUCAUAGAUUUAGAAAAUAGACAUAUAAUAAAUGAUUCCAUUUUAAACGAUAAAAAAUAUGAUUUAACAACUUUUAAAAAACUUUUAAAUCUUAAAGAUGAAAAUGAUUCAUCCUUAUUAGAUAUAUGUACGCAAAAUAAUAAUAAUAUAGGAAGAAACAUCUUAUUAUAUUAUAGCAAAAGCGAAUAA